AUGAUAAGACUAAAUUAGUUGGCAGGUUAGAUAUAAGAAAAGAAGGCUUAAAUAGAUCCAAUGGAAUAUUUAUCAUUAUAUAAUUUAUUGACACCAGAAGAAUUAGAAGUUCGAAAGGCAGUUGAAACAUUUGUAUAAAAAGAAGUAAAAGGAUAUAAUAAUAAUAUAGGUUGCACCAAAAAUAAAUGAUUAUGUUGAGGCAGCUAAAUUUCCAACAGAAAUAGUGAAUGCAGUGAAACCAUUAAAAUUAUUUCAUCAUUUUUUAGAUAAACCAUAUGGUCACGGAACAUCAUAUACUAAAUAAGGAAUAAUAUUAAUGGAAGCAGCAAGAGCAGAUGCAGGAUUUGCAACAUUUAUAGCAGUUUAGUAAAAAUGAUAUAAAAUAUUAGAAAUUUAUUAUUGAAUUAUACAUUAGAGAAAUAUGGUAAUGAAGCAUAGAAAUAGAAAUAUUUAACAAAAACAAGAGAUAUAGAAUAUAUAGGAGGUUGGGGAUUAACAGAAAGAGGAUAUGGAUCAGAUGCUUCUAGUUUAACAGCAAAUGUUAAAAAGGUUUAAGGUGGAUAUAUAUUAAAUGGUGAUAAAAGAUGGAUUGGAAAUGGAAAUAAAGAUAUAUUGAUAGUAUGGGCAAGAAAUUUAGAUACAAAUAAAGUAGAAGGUUUUAUAGUUGAAACUAAAUGGUAAGGAUAUCAUGCAGAAGUAAUUUAAGGAAAAUUAGCAUUAAGAAUAGUAUAAAAUUGUUAAAUAACAUUUACAAAUAUAUUUAUACCAGAUGAAAAUAAAUUAGAUUCUGUAACUGAUUUUUAAAAUGGACCUAAUUAAAUACUUAUGCAUUCAAGAGUAAUAGUGCCAUGGAUAGCAUUGGGCGUUAUGAGAGGUGUAUAUGAACAUUCAUUAAAAUGGACAACUACUAGAAAAUAAUUUGGAAAACCAUUAGCUGCAUUUUAAUUAUAAUAAGAAAGAUUAGUUAGAAUAUUAUCAACAUUUUAAGCAUCAUUUUUAAUGGUUAUAAGAUUAUCAAGAUUAGCAGCAGAAGGAAAAGCUACUAUUGGAAUGAUAUCUAGUGUUAAAGCUUGGGUAACUGAUAAAACUAGAGAAGUAGCUAGAUUAGGAAGAGAAAUGUUAGGUGGAGAUGGGAUAAUAUCAGAUAAUUAUGUAAUUAAAGCAUUAACUGAUGCAGAAGUAUUAUAUACUUAUGAAGUAUAAUUAUAUAAUUUUACAUUAGGGAACUUAUGAUAUAAAUAGUCUUGUUGCAGGUAGAGAAAUCACAGGAAUUGGAGCAUUUAAAUGA